AUGGCUCAUCUCCUCCGCUCCCUCCUCGACCUCGUCUUCUCUGACGACAACAUUAACAUCCAGUACCUCGUUCUAGCGACACUUCUCCUUUGCGCGACUGCCCUUUGUGCACGACGGCUUCUUCCACACAAAUGCAUGGAGAAACUGGAGCGCAUGAUCAACGACACCAAGGACACGUUCGACAAAGGGCAAGAAGAGCAUUUAUUGCGCGAACGCACUGUUCGUCAAAAGUUCAAGCACCAGUUAUCAUCAUUACAGGGACGAAAGGCCGUCCUUCGCUCACGGCUUCUCACGGAAUAUGGUAUGGGCUGGUCAAUUCGACAAUACUUCCAUAUCUUUGGCGCCCUCGCACGAGAGGUCCGCAAAUGCCAAAAAGACGUCCAAAGUCUGCAUUUGGUAAUUUUGAAAGAGAUCGAGGACCAGCGGAGAGAGGUACACUUGGAAGAAGCUGAUGACCUUAGGGUUAUCCUUGCAUCCGGCUUGUCUACCGGGACUUGA